ACUCAUUAGAGCAGAGAGGAUGUUCUCAAAUAUCAACUUGGCAAAAACAAGCCAUUGCUUGCUUGUAUUGGAUUACAAGGCAAUAAAAGAACGGAGAUUUUGUUUUUUAAGAGAUUUAUUUAGAAAAUUACAAUUAUCAGUUUGUGGCAUCGAAAUUUGAAAUCGUUUACCUUACUGAAAUCACAAUGGCUGAAGUAAAAAAAGUCCCAAAAAAAAGGUUUGUUGGAAAAAACGUAAAAAAGGAUAAUAUUUCUGGAGCAUCGAAAGAUGUAGAGGACACACAGCUGGUUAAUACGCGCGUUAAGAGUUCAGGACGAAUGGCAACUCGGAUUCCCGAAGAAAUAUUAAAUGAUAAAGGCAUUAAUGAAGCUGUGAAAUUGCUUCCCCAAAAUUACAAUUUUGAAGUUCAUAAAACCAUUUGGCAUAUACGCAUGAGAAAAGCAAAGCGUGUUGCUUUACAGCUUCCAGAAGGAUUGUUGAUGUUUGGGUGUAUAUUGUCUGAUAUAUUUGAACAAUUUUGCCAGGUAGAGACAAUUAUUAUGGGAGAUGUCACUUAUGGUGCUUGUUGCAUUGAUGAUUUUACAGCGCGAGCUCUUGGGUGUGAUUUCUUGGUUCAUUACGGUCAUUCUUGUCUUGUACCCGUGGAUCAGACACCAAUUAAGGUGUUAUAUGUGUUUGUCGAUAUUAAAGUUGAUUUGGGCCACAUUAUUGGAUCUUUAAAACAAAAUCUUCCUUCAAAAUCAAAACUGGCUUUGGUUGGUACGAUUCAGUUUGUUGGUUCUUUAAAUACAAUUAAAGAAGAAUUAGAGAAAGUAGAGGAAGAUGGUAAAGGAGGAUUUUAUUCAGUGAUUCCUCAAGCCAAGCCUUUGUCUCCCGGUGAGGCUCUUGGAUGUACGUCUCCGUACAUUGACAGAAACGUCGUAGAUGCUGUUGUUUACAUUGGUGAUGGUCGAUUCCAUCUGGAAUCUGUCAUGAUUGCCAAUCCCGGACUGCCUGCAUAUCGGUACGAUCCUUAUUCACAUGUCUUAACGAUAGAGUCGUAUGCCCACGAAGAAAUGAAAGAAAUUCGACACUCGGCGAUUGAGAAAGCCAGGAGUGCAAAGAAGUUUGGUCUAAUUCAAGGCACCCUUGGUAGACAAGGGUCGCCAAAGGUUUUGGAUAACUUGAAAGAAACAUUGAGAAAGAGCAAAAAAGAGUUCGUAACUGUAUUGAUGUCUGAAAUUUUUCCAGACCGUUUGGCACAGUUUACGGAUGUGGAUGCUUGGGUUCAAGUUGCAUGCCCGAGAUUGUCUAUAGAUUGGGGUUAUGCUUUUCCAGCACCGCUUUUAACUCCCUAUGAAGCCUCUGUCGCCUUUCAGGCUGCACCAUGGCGUGAAGUCUAUCCUAUGGACUUCUAUGCAACCAAUUCACUGGGCAACUGGACUCCUAACAAUCCUGAAAAUCGACCAUUGCCACCCAGGAAAAAAGUGGAGCGUGCUGCUGCUGCUUCUUAAAGAAAAAGAAAAAUAUAGGUAUAAAAUACACAGAUAACAUGGGAUCGACAUCGGUGAAGUCAGGUAUGUAAGCAUAAUACCAAUUGCACUCAAUCGGGACAAAUUCAGCGUUUUAAUAAAAAAAUUAGGACAUAGAAGGUUAUAAUUAAUUAUUAAUAAAAUUUUGCGACGUUAGUUCUUUACUACUGG